CUGGCCGGCUGUCGGCGGAGUGGAACCGAGCCGAGCGGAGCCGAACCGGGCAGGACAGGAUUGGACGUGAGGACGGGACUGGACGUGAGGACGAGCUUCCUCUGCCUCUGCCCACGCCCGGCUCGGUCUCUCCGUUUACCCUAACGUGGGUGAAACAAAAUGCCCUUCAAUGACGAGAAGCGCUCUGUGAACGAUGACCAGACAAGCGACUCGGACUCCUCUCGGAUGUCUGAAAGUACAGUGUCCCUCAGUGACUACGAGUGUUCGCGGCAGAGUUUCACGAGCGACUCCUCAAGCAAAUCCAGUUCUCCAGCUUCAACAAGCCCGCCCCGAGUGGUGACAUUUGAUGAAGUGAUGGCGGCUGCAAGGAAUAUCUCUAACAUGACUCUUGCCCACGAGAUCGCCAUAAAUGAGAACUUUCACGUCAAACAGGGAGCCCUGCCUGAGAACAGCCUGGCAGGUCGAGUGAAGCAUAUCGUUCACCAGGCCUUCUGGGACCACUUGGAGGCAGAGCUCAGUGAGGAUCCUCCUGAGUAUGGACAUGCCAUCAAACUUUUUGAAGAAAUAAGAGAGACUCUCCUCUCUUUCCUAACUCCUGGUGGAAACCGACUCCGAACCCAGAUCAGUGAAGUUCUGGAUACCGACCUCAUUAGGCAGCAGGCUGAGCACAACGCUGUGGACAUUCAGGGCCUGGCCAGCUACGUCAUCAGUACCAUGGGCAAGCUGUGCGCUCCGGUGCGGGAUGAUGACAUCAAGGAGCUCAAGGCCACUGGCAAUAUCGUGGAGCUGUUGAGACAAAUAUUCCAUGUGCUGGACCUCAUGAAGAUUGACAUGGUCAAUUUCACCAUCAAGAGCCUUCGACCCCAUCUUCAGCGCCAGUUGGUGGACUAUGAAAGGACAAAAUUCCAGGAAAUCUUAGAAGAAACCCCCAGUGCUCUGGAUGUCACAAAGGAAUGGAUAAAGGAAUCCGUCAAUGAAGAAUUAUUUUCUCUUUCGGAAAAUGCUUCCUCACCAGGGGCUGAGAGUAGCUCCAGACCCAGCCUGAGCCCAACCGUGGUGCUGAACAACAGUUACUUGAAGCUGCUGCAAUGGGAUUAUCGGAAAAGGGAAUUCCCCGAGACACUAAUGACAGAUGGAACACGUCUUCAGGAACUGACAGAAAGACUAAAUCAGUUGAAGGUUAUCGCCUGCCUGUCACUAAUCACCAACAACAUGGUGGGUGCUUUGAUAGAAGGCUUGCCUGAGCUUGCAGACCGACUAAAAAGGAUUUCCACUGUCCUGCUCGAAGGAAUGAAUAAAGAGACAUUUAACCUCAAGGAGGCCUUGAAUUCCAUAGGCCUCCAGACGUGUGUGGAAGUCAACAAGUCCCUGGCAGAGAGAGGCCUGCCGGCGCUCAGCCCUGAGAUUCAGGCUAAUCUCCUGGGUCAGCUCUCCAGCAUCUCGGAGGGCAACCCUAUCUGCUCCCUGAUCGAUAAACGAAUCCAUCUGUAUAUGAAGAGUCUCCUCAAUGUUCCAAGCCUUCAGAAAUGCAUGCCCCCUGUGCCUGGAGGCCUCACCAUCAUCCAGCCGGAGCUAGAGACUCUGGGCUCUCAGUACGCAAACAUUGUAAACCUUAACAAACAAGUGUACGGACCCUUUUAUGCAAAUAUUCUUCGAAAACUCCUUUUCAUCGAGGAAGGAGGCAGAACAGCAGACACGGAUCCUCCCAGGAACUAGCAGUGAGCUGGCAUCAGAAGGAGGAGUGGCCACUUGAGACCAUCAGAGCCUGCCCGUCCUGGUUCUUUCCCUGAAUCUGCAUUACAAGGACUGGGGCAUAUUCCCUGUUCCCUACCCCCCCACCUCCCAUCUGUUUUUCAAGGUUACCUGGGAUCUGUGUGACUCCUUUCCUGUUAGUUACAGGACUAUACUUGUGGCACCGCUGGCCCACACAUUCUAUCCCUCUUUGAAAACUUAUUAGAAGGAAACCAUGGUGUUUUUUUUUUUGUUUGUUUGUUUUUUGUUUUGUUUUGUUUUGAAGAGAGACUUCUGAAGGAAAAGAAACAUUUUAUAUAAUGGAUUAUAUCCCCUGUAUGUGAUAUUUUUGUUAAGGUUUCCUUGAUCCUGCGAUCCUAAUAGCAUUAAUUAACUAAUGAAUUCUUACCUAGCCAAAUUCCCAGUCUAGGUGUUAUUGCUCCUAACUUGUCCCUUACCGAAUCUAAAUUUUAUUUUGGUACAACUUGUGAGCGGGUUGUGGAUCAGGGAGUGGUGAGGGCAGUCACUAAAGGGAUGAAGAAAUCCCUACUAUUAAACAGACUGGUAAAAUGAUGUAGGUCAAUGCAAUUGUAACCGAAACGUACAAUUACUUUUUAUUGUUGCUCUGGAAAAGGAAGCGUACAUAGGAUUUCCCUCCGUCCCCAGGAUCUGAGCACUUACGUGGAAGGGUUUACAUGACAAGAACCAAAUCACUUGUUACGUUGCCAGACGUCAGUAUUUGUAUUUGAUUUGAAAUCUUUGAAAGCCAUGUUGUUUUGAUGUCAUAGAAAAACUCCUAGGGUGUAGCAGCUUGUUAGAAACCAAUCACUUCAAAGAAAUUUUAUACUGAAGGUUGCAUUUUCUCUACAUGGAACUGGUAGGAAAAUCUGCAAGGAGGCAGCCUUCUUUGGGGUCCAAGCCUCUGGCCUAGAGGCUCCUUGUAGAUCUCAGCCAAUCAGAUGAAAGAAUAGAAGAGAUGUUGCCUUUUAAAGGUAGCCUUGGAUGAUAGGAAAUUUGGUUUGCUUGGGAGAGAAAAAGGAUCUGUAUAAUCCCAGGUAAUGAUUUGGGAUAUUGCCAACAAGCAAACCUUGGUUGUUGUUGGUUUGUUUUUGUUUUUUUUUUGUUGUUGUUGUUGUUUGUUUGUUUUUUAAGUGAUUUUACAUCUGGAAAGAGAAAAAAAAUUAACUUGAGCUUCUAUAUCACUUAAUUUUGAUGUCUGCUAACCUAUUUUGUGCCUCUUUUAUUUGUAUCCUUAAGCAUUCAGAACACUUUGAGACGCUGGGCCCUCAUGGACCUUUGAUUUUGAAAGACAACUGCAUGUACCAGAAUUCUUCACUGAGAAUCAGAGAAUGCACCAGCAUUAGAAUGGGCCUCCUGGGGGAACUGCACCUCCUUUACAAAACUAUUUCCUCAAAGGGUGAUUAUUGUCUUGGGCUCCACUGGGCACAGUUAACUUGAGUCAAUAUACAUACUUAAUUGUAACUUAGGAGUUGUUUGUGUGUGAGAAGGGAGGCCUAUGUAGUUAAUGUUACUUUCCCCCUUCUCAAGUUUCUUUUCUGUUUAUCCUUGCUACUACCACCACUGUUGCCCUCCUCCUCCCCAAAAAACACCCCCUUUUAUUUGGGGUUUUGACUCCUUUAUAUUUUUAAGGUUAAAGAAAAUGAUAGGGCAAAUGUGAUAAAUGUUGAUCUUUAUAUGUCCAACUCUGAGAGCAUUCAUUUAACUUAUUUUCUCCCUGAAUGACCAAUUAAAAAUAUAUGCCAUCUCCAUAUGGACCGUUGCCUGAAUGGAACUCUCUUCAUGGGCACAGCAAGGUACAAUGCCACCAUUCUCUUCCUGGCACAGCUUCCAUUCAGUACGGUGCUGAAUCUAACUUGAUGUUUCUUGCAUUCUCUGUCCUGUUCUUUGCCCCCAUAUGAAGGGUUUAGAGGGGACAGAAUCCAGUAAGUCACCUUUUCUCUCUUUUCCUGUAAGUGACCAGCCUGUUUAAAACAGGGAGAUAAAAGCAGAGCUUAUUUUUACCAUAAAA